CGACAAUUUUUCUAUGCAAAAGUGGAUCUACAUAGACAAAAUGCGAGGUGUCUAAAUUGAUAUAAUAUAAAAUGUGAGCUUGAAUUAUUUCUUAUUUUCAGUACAAGCUUGUGUCAAGUAAGCAAUGCCUAUAUUAUUUAUGAAAAAUAUUUAAAAAGUAAUAUAUUAUGAAACAAUUUAAAUCACAAAACCAAACAAGACCGAAGCUCAUAAGCAUAUUUUUAUAUCGAACCCGCCCAUUUCCCCCUUAUAUUUCAGAGCCUUUUUUUUAAAUGCCAUGUGCACUGAAAGAAAACCAGGACACAAUGAAAAUGACGGCAUGAAUAUUGAAAUGAACACGACACAUAAUUUUAGCCUAAAGUGCGUCUACCAUCACAUGGAGGGGUCCUGCUUUUGCUGGCUGCUUUUGUCCAUUUACUCUAUUAAAAUGGAAAAAAGGAAGACCCACCAAAAAAAAAAAAAAAAGAACAAAAGUAUAGGAAAAUAAAAUAAAGGUGGAAAUAGGCAUAUGCUAAAUGUUAUUGCAGGUAAAAUACGAGUUGUAUUAAAAAUGAUAUGAAUAAGUUACCAAAUUAGGUGUAAUUGAUACUCACCAGCAAACACCCCUCCGACAUCUUUCAGAGAGAAGGUAGCUAACUCAAGGCGACUGACAAGUCAGAGCACAGGGAGACAGCAGAUCCGCGGCACCCGAGGAGAAUCUUCUCAAGUCGCCCUCGCAGGCCUACCAGUGCAGGGACCUUUUCCAUACCCACCGGGCUAUGCAAUCCUACCUAGCCCUGGGAGAGGAUCUGACUGGGUGUAUAGAGGAGAGGGAGUCAACCCGCCACCUACCCUGCAAACAGCUUUUCUGGAGAUGGAAAUGGAGGCGACGACCAGAGCGAUGCAGAGGAGUCUCGACCUAGGGGGGAGGGAAAGAGAGUAGGACAAGAUGGCAGGCCUUUUCGAAAUGGGCCAGUCACUCACCCUGGCGAGCCCAUCUUUCACACCAACUGACGCGUCACCCAGCCCGUCGGCUAUGGAUCAACUUAGUCAAGUGCUGACUAACCAGACCCAAAACCAGAGCCCAAUGCCGAUUUCUACUACGGCAGCUACUGAGGAAGUGGUGACCAGGCCCGAGAAGAAAAGAAAGCCCGAGGAACGAACCAUCCAGUCCACCCCAAUCGACCAACAGACACUACCCACUAACCUAUCUUUCGAUUCUCUGUCUUUUGUGCAGGUGAGAAUAGAAGAGUCUAUCAAAGGAGGAAACAUAGCAUCAGGAAGAAGAGUCCGACGGAAAUCACGGCGGAAGGAUGCCAGUCCGGAGAAGGGGAGUCAACCACUCCGAGGGCAGCGGCGGCAAGCCUCAAGCCGCCUCUCCAAGAAUGAGACUCCUGAGCUGGAAUUGUAGGGGGUUCGGCCAGCCUCUUACAAUGAGCUACUGCGACUGACUCACUUCUACUGUCACUCUAGGAAUUGGCUAAGUGAAACCACUUCCUAAAGUGUAGUAUAGCGGGUUUGGGUUUUAAUGUCAACCCGGGUCCUAGAUUUGAUGACUACUCGGUGAAUUCUUGUUAUCUAGCAAUGAAACUUUAAUCCAAGUCUAAACUAACAAACAAACAAAGCAAGUAAACGGUUGUUUUCCGUUUAAGAGAGGUCACCCGGAUAUGGUUCCCCCUAGACUGCAGUUAAGCCGGAUUGCAAUUACCAAGUUCAGUUUCUAUGAUAGUUAUACUGCGGAAGGUUCUUAAACAGCCUGAAGUCUCGACUAAAGGUCUUGAGACCCUCUCAAUCUGAGUCUCUAGCGGGCAACUAACCUCCACCGGAGUAAACAGAUUGAGGCCCUAACGAACAAAACCUCCACUACCGAAGUAAAUUCGGUACAGAAUAGUGAGUUGGCUCCUCGACUAAAGUCACCAACUCCCUACCUUCAAUCAAGGAUGCUCUAUCAACCUAGGCAGAUAUUCUCAUUAUAGGUUAAAGAAGAAACAACAGGAAUUUGAUCAGGAUUCAUGCCAUUCAAUCAUUCAAACCUCAAUUUAAUAUAAUCAAAUCAUAGAAUCAGUACUUUGGUUCAUACAAUCAAACCUAACAUACAAAUCUAGGGUUCUCCAUACCCAGAUGAAUGGGAGAACUACUCCAUGGAGAAAGAAGCAAAAGCAGAAUCAGACGCUGAAUUCAUACUGUGAAGGAUGGAUUCCUGCUCCUGGACGUUGAUCGGCACUUCUCCAAGCUCAAGCCAAGCUCCAAUGGUGAUGAAGAUAAAUCUAGGGCACUUGGGAACUCUUGUUCGUCACUUUCUCUCUCUAGGAAUCGCUCUGUCUCUCUAAAACUCGAAUCCCCCUCUCUUUUGGCUGAAAUCUGCUUAAAAAGGCAUCACUGGGCAAAACACGGUCGAGGGCACGGCCGUGGUUUGCUCCAGCCCGCCCGUGCUUUGCCAAGUGUUAAUUACACGGCCAGACUGUUGGGAGAAACACAGGCGUGCUUUUGGUGGGCACGGCCGUGUUCUGUCUCUAUCCUGCCCGUGUUUUCAGCCAGUGUUUGCCAAACUCAGAUCAAGUCUCGGCAGUAAAAGCACGGUCUAGGA